AUGAGCACUUUUUCCUACGCGCAAGCCGCCAAGGGCCCCUCUGGAUCACCAGUACCAGCCAAGGCCACACCUACAGAGGUGCAAAAUACCGAGACCAAGACCGAGGAGUCAAGCAACGAUGCUACGACAGAAUCAGUCACCCCCGCCUCCGAGAACGAGACACCGAAGGAAGUCGAGCAGCCCACGCCGACCGUGAAUAAGGACGAGGAAUUCACCACCGUCACUAGCAAGACCCGUUCCAAGGCUAUCCACUCAAGAACCUCAUCCCCAAGCGUCCGAUCCACAAAGGAGUCGAAAGAGAGUGAUUCCUCAAAUACCAAUGGCAAGGCCGACGCCUCGUCAGAGAAGAAGUCCCAGGACGCCAAGGCCGAGAAGUCCGAAAAUGGUUCCGAGGGACCCAAAGACAACCUGCUCCCCCCCAAGGAGCUCAAGGCCGCGCCUCUUCCCAGUGUGAACAUCUGGCAACAAAGGAAGGAGGCUCAGGACGCCAAGGUCAAGCCUACGCCUGUUACAAAGGCUGCCUCUGGAAAGGCAGAGGAGAUUCAGCAAGAGUCCUCCAAGUCUGGCUCGAAGAAGAAGGGCGCCGAUGCCUCAACGGAAGGUUCAAAGGGCGGCAAGAAGUCCGACGGUAGCAAGAGCCGUGACGAUCUCCCCGCUGUCGCCGACGCCUCAUCAUGGCCCACUCCCGAGGUUGCUCUAGAUGAAGAGAAGAAGAAGGCUCAAGAGAAGACCGACAAGACUGAGAAGUCUGAGAAGAGCCCCGUUAUGCGCACCCACGGCAAGGAGAAGUGGAUGCCUGUGGACUAUGUCCCUACUGCCGUGUUCAACACCCCUCUCCCCCCAUCUGGUCGCGGAGGGAGCCGCCGAAGUGGUGCCCGCGGAGGUCGCGAAAGUGGCCGAGGUGCUGCCCACGCUGCCGGUGAAAAGGCUAGCUCUGGACAGCCUGCACAAGGAUCCGCUGGCAAGCAAGCCACCGGAGAGCGUGGUCAAAACGAGGCUGGCCCCAACCGCGCAGCCUCGCUUCCCGCCCAGGCGCGUCGUUCGACCAGCGCUGAUGUCAACACAACCGAGGGUCGCAAGACCCAGCCCACUGAACGUGGUCGCGGAGGCCGUGCCGCUGAGGACACCAACGCCAAUGGUAAGCACACCAACGGCGAGAACGUCGCUCGUCCCCAGAAGCAGUUCGGCAAGAACGGCCAGGCCAACUCUAAAAACCCCAACCUUGCCGUUGAUUCUCAAGCCGCUGCUCGUGCCAACGACCGCCGGGCUGAGUCCGGCUCCAAGUCAGCCGACCCUACUGGCUUCGAGUUCAACCGUGGCGGCCGUGCCAACCGUGGCGGCCGCGGCCCUUUCAACUCUUUCAAUGGUCAGAACUCUCAGUUUGGCAAUGUUGCCAACAACGGCUUUGUUCCCAAGUCAUUCGGCGGCUUUAACGACCGCCAGCGAUCGCAUAAUGGCCUGACCAACGGAUCCCAGCAGGGCAACCGCAUGCCCAUGCGCUCUCCUUCCCUCCCUGCCUCCGGAAACAUGUACAAUGUCUACCCCUUCCCCGGCGAAAUCAACACCAUGUACGGCUACCAGGCUGUUAACCCCGCGCCGAUGAGCGCUAUGCCUUACCAGGGAUACAUGGAGCCAUUUACGCUUAUGAACAUGCUGUCCAUGCAGCUCGAAUACUAUUUCUCCGUAGACAACAUGUGCAAGGACAUGUUCCUGCGUCGCCAGAUGGACUCUCAAGGAUUUGUUCCUCUGGGUGUCAUCGCUAACUUCAAGCGCGUCAAGUCUCUCACCGAGGACUUCGAGCUCAUCCGUCACAUCUCUCGCCAGCUCCGAACCGUCGAAUACCAAACCGGCGAGGAUGGUGUCGACCGCCUGCGCCCGAGGGAGAGAUGGGCCCAGUGGAUUCUGCCCUACGACCAGCGCGAGCCGUCUGCCCAGCACGAAGGUGCUGCUCCAGCAGCCCACUCCGGCAAGAACGACGAGAACGUCCCCUUCAACGCCCACGGUCUCAAUGGCGCACUCCCCAACGGAGCCCAACAGUUUGUGCCUAACGGUACUGGCCCCCGUGGCUCCCAAUCGCUGUCCUCCGCGGCCCCCGAGUUUCAGCCGUCAAUUCCUCAGAAUGAGAUUGCGAAUGUAGGAUACCCCAUGGAUACUCAAUGCUACCCCGCCAAGAGUCCCCCGCGAGAAUGCUCUUCCCAUUUUACCCCAUGGAUCGACCCAGAAGUUAACGAUAGCCCUGCAGCGUGCGGACUAGAUCCAAAUCCGACGAUCCCACCCUCCAUUUGCUCUGGUCCCUUGAAAGUGUUGGUGAUGAUGAUACCAUCCGCCCACCUUCAGUUUCCCGCCAACACCGCAACCCGGGGUGGAAAGGAAAAGCAAAUAAAUCCCACCAAAAGUCCCUUAAUGUCAACAAUUAUUCCGAGCAUUUCUCAUCAAAUCAUGCAUCUGGAGGUCGACCCAACAAAAGACCCCCCCAAACCAGGCCUUCCUACGGGCCCUCCCUAUCACUCAUGGUCAGAUUACCUGACCCGCACUUUCGACUUGUCAUUGUACAAUGAAUUUCGGCGUACAGCCCUUGAUGAUUUUUUCACACGACACGUCGACUAUGGUUUCAAUGCUCUUAUGUGGUUUUACAAAAGAUGUCUUUACAGUCACUAUCCUAUUCCUGAGCCAGUUAUCUCGGAUCUUGUUGGCCUGUCUCGAAGUUCACAUUUCAUGCACCAUGCAGCUGUCUCUGAGGUCCUUCGUACAGCCAUGAGAAGCAGGAAAAUGGAGCAGUCUAACCUGGACAGGACUGGCAUGUUCCUCAACCGUGACCGUCAAUCAAGACCGGCCUGGCGAGAUCGUGCACAUUGA